CUCCAUGAACAAAACAAAAUGAAGAGAUUUCUUUAUAUUGGCACAAAUUAUACUCAGUAACAAGGCAUUCUCUCGUGCACUUUCUUGCUUGUUCACAAAAUGUUAUACUACUAAUUUAAUAUGCCGCUAUGACUUGUUCCCAAAAACUACCUCCGUUGAGGCUAAUCUUGAAAAAAGUCUACAUCUUUAACUAUGCACUCUUUAACUAAUUAUGGAUGCAUGUACCCUACAACAAUGCAGGGAAGUUCUCUUUAUGGAUGAUACCACAACUAUUUGCAUAUGCCAUCAACUUCCCAAUACAGAAAUUCUUGCAAGCACAGAAGAAAGUGUUGGUGAUGGCAUGGAUAUCUGCAGCAGUGCUGUUGCUGCAUGCCUUCUUUAGCUGGUUACUUAUGAUGAAGCUGGAAUGGGGAUUGGUGGGAGGAGCUGUCACCCUCAACUCUUCAUGGUGGCUCAUUGUCAUCUCACAGUUGAUUUACAUUUUCGUCUCCAAGUCAGAUGGCGCUUGGGAUGGAUUCUCAUGGCAAGCUUUCCAAGACUUGUUCGGCUUUGUCAAGCUUUCUCUAGCUUCUGCCGUUAUGUUAUGGUAGUAUUUAUUGCAAUUUCAUAAUGUUAGUUAUCUUUUAACUAGCCAAAUAUAACAUAUAAUGGAAUAACUACAUGGUUUGCAGCUUGGAGUUUUGGUACUUGAUGGUGAUAAUUGUCAUAGCAGGGCGUUUGAAGAAUCCUCUAGUCCCAGUUGACGCACUCUCUAUUUGGUACGUAAUUUGUUUCUCCGUGUAUAUGCUUUACCCUUUAGACCUGAAUUUCCAUAUUAAUUGAUUAUUUAUCUUCCAAGUAAUAACACUUUUUUGUGUAAUUUUAUGCAGCAUGAACCUACAAGGAUGGGACGCGAUGAUUUCUAUCGGGUUUAAUGCAGCCAUAAGGUGAAACUAUGAGCAUUUGUACCUCAAAUAAUGUUAAAUGUUCACGAGAACGAACAAUAGCAUAUCAGUGUUACUAAAAAAACAUCAUAGUAUGUAUGUAGUGUACUACUUGGUAGAUCAAUAGUGACAGUUAGUCUUUGUUGUUCCAUUGGCUAUUUCACUCUGUUUGUGGCCAUCUAGUGAACUAAAACCAAGAUGGGUGGCUUUUUUUCAAUGGAUAUUGCAGUGUGAGAGUGUCAAAUGAACUUGGGGCUGGGAAUGCGAAGAUAGCAAAAUUGUCUGUGUUAGUCGUUUCCAUUACGUCAGUGGGAGUUGGACUUAUUUGUAUGGCAAUUGUGAUUGCGACAAGACACAUUUUCCCGCUAGCUUUCACUAACAGUGACGCAGUUGCCAAAGAAACCACGAAGCUAGCAAUUCUGUUAGGGUGGACGUGUCUACUUAAUAGCCUCCAACCUGUGUUAUCUGGUAAGUAAAGUGCCACUUCUGCUCAUAUUUGCAUAGUUAAGAAAUUUUAAAAUGACUUCAGCUUAACUUUAUAAAUUGAAACGGGAAGAACGUUUUCGAAUGAGUUAUGAGUUUUUGAACUAGGAAAUUAAAUUUCCAAAUUAAGUUUUCUUUGUUGAAACAGGGGUUGCAGUUGGAGCUGGAUGGCAAUCUAUUGUAGCAUAUGUGAACAUUGGAUGUUACUACAUUGUAGGGUUGCCUGCUGGAAUCCUUUUGGGCUUUACAUUCGACUUCGGUGCCAUGGUACGCAUACACGAUUAAUCUGGACUGGACUUCAGAUUAAUUUCUUGUGAUUCAACUAACAAAGAUUCUAGCAAGCCAGACAUAUGUUUUGCAUGUAUAUAACUGGAUCAAUUACCUUAUGAUUUGUAGGGAAUCUGGGGUGGAAUGAUAGGAGGAAUAUGCUUACAGACACUCAUCCUUGUAGUUCUUGUCUCAAUGACCAAUUGGAAUAAAGAGGCCAAUAUGGCGGCUGAUCGUGUUAAACGUUGGGGAGGUCGAACAGUACCGCGAAAUUAAUAGAAGAAUAUACGCUUUUACACUUCUUUUUUUCAUUGAUCUCACAUUUUCAAUUGCAAUUAUGGUUACUAUUUCAUAUUAAUCCGUACUUCCCUGGAUAUUGAGGUUCCAGAAGCACAAAAAGAAAUACUUCCUCUGCCU